AUGGUUGGGUGAUAUUUCUCUAUAAAAAUUUAUCAAAAUAUUUUUUGUUUGAAAAGAAAAAUCAAUGUAAAAAAUAUAUUAUGUUUCCUAAUGGUUACUCUUAAAAAAACAUAAUAACAAUAAUAAAAAUAUUUGUAUCUUGAAAAAAAAAAAGGAGAAAAAAAAAAAAAAUGAAGUGAUAGUCAUAGUUUAGAAAGUGAAGGGUAAUUUGGUCCGAAAGAAAGAGAGGAGUUUUGUCGCAGUCAUGAAUGUCGUUAUCAGAGAGCUUCCCUGGCAAAUCGUGCCAGUUAGAAAACAACCUCCUUCCGAUGAAACCUUCGUAUCCCACUCCAGGCGCCUCUCUCUCUCUCUCCUCUCCUCUAUCUCUCUCUUUCUCUCUCUACAUUGAACAAGUCUAUACAUCUGAUUCAAAAAUGCAUAACAGAAACUAGACCUCUCUCUCUCUCUCUCCGAAUCUGACUCCUGAAGAAAUCAAUCUCUACUUCUAAACACACUCUCUCUCUUAGCCAUCUCUCAAAUGGCGGUCAAUACCUGCGAGAGCCAAGAUGCCUAUAGCAUUUCAGUUUUGCCUGACGAGGGCACGACCAAUACGCAAUGUGAAUCACAGUUGGCUUUCGUAACCCUCUUAGAAGUUCCCAAUCCAUUUAAAAGUCAGUUGUGCUUGGACGCGCAAAUGAAUUGCCAAAACAACGAUCUAAAGAUGGAAAAUGCAGAUGCUCAUUCACCAUGCAUUGUGAAUAUAGAUAUUGAUAAGAAAAAUCUAGAGACACCUAAACCCAAAGACGAAGCUACAGAGAAGUUGAAGACUGAGGGUCCAUUAAUGAGACAGAUUAGCUUACAGAUGGGAGAGAAAGUUAUGCAACUUCUAAUGAAAUACAGUCCUAUGUUACCCAAGUUCAUUACUAAAGAUGGAGCAACGACUGAGAGAGUUCAUGAUACCACCAAGAAAGAGGAUGGAGAUGGAGCAACGACUGAAAGAAUUCAUGAUACGCCUAAUAACAGAUUGAGGAAAUAUAAGCGCUCUGCCUCAUUCAAUUCGAGAAAAGUUGUUCUCGUGUCCUCAGUCUUGUCCAGUAUCGGAACAAUUGUAUUAAUUUACCUCACAUUGAGAGUUAGACAGAUUGGAGAUGGGUCUGUUCAUGUCUAAUAAGAUUUAACUUUUAUCGGUGAUGAGCCUGUUCAUGUCUAAUAAGAUUCCCUUCCCCGAUCUUUUGCGGGAGGAGUUUUUUUUUUUUUUUUAGCAUUGCUGUUAAAUUUUCUUCCCCUUUAAUUUUGUUAAAUUCUUUGGGUUUCUUUCUUGUUCACUGUACAUAAGUUGGAAUCACGAUCGUAAUUCUAGUUGAUGCUUCCUAGCA